UUAUUUGUUUAUGAUAGGAAUAAUAUCAAUUUUCAAUUAUUAUCUAUCAUCAAUUAUUUGGAUGAUGCACCAUCUUAUUCACGUUAUGAAAAGUUAAACCUACCGGCAUCUGUUGUCUAUCAAAUCAUUUUCCAUUGCUCUUGAAUUGCAACUGUAAUUUGUAUCGAAGAGAGAAGUUAAACAUUGUGAUUAGCUGAGCUGAGUUGAGUAGGGGAAUUGAAGGAAUGGCAGCUGAAGCUGUGCUUACUUUUGCUGCGGAGGGAAUACUGGAAAAGGUGCUUUCACUUGCUGAGAAAGAAUUCAGUCUUGCAUGGGGUUUCAAAGCUGAACUUCGAAAGCUUAAAGAGUCAUUCACCACCAUUGAACUUUUAUUGAAUGAUGUUGCCUACAAACCACAAGCUCCGGCAAUAGAGGAAUGGGUGAAGAAACUCAAAGGCGUAGCUGAAGAUGCUGAGGAUGUCUUGGAUGAAUUCAAGUACGAAGUUGAUCGGCGUAAAGUCGAAAUCCAAAACCAUAUGAAGAGAAAGGUUCUGAACUUCUUUUCACUCUCCAAUCCACUUGCAUUUCGUCUUCAAAUGGCGCAUAAAAUUCAGAAGAUCAAUGCAUCCUUGGUGGAUCUCGAGAGGAAAGCAUCUCCUCUUGGACUGGUUUCCAGGAAUACAGAUGCAACCCGUCAGGGAAUUACAUGGGACAGACGAACCGACUCACUCAUUGGCAAAGAUGAAAUAACUGUUGGAAGGAAAGAUGAUGUGUCGAAUAUAGUUAAAACCUUGACCGACUCCAAAAGCAACCAAGAAAAUCUUGCGGUUAUGGCCAUUGUGGGAAUGGGAGGCCUCGGAAAAACAACUUUGGCCAAGUCGGUUUACAAUGAGAAUUCGAUACAAAAGUUUUUUGACAAGAGAAUAUGGAUUUGUGUAUCGAACCCUUUCGACGUCAAUUUAAUUCUACUCCAUAUGUUAGAACAUCUCAAUCCGGCAAAAGCCCCUUCGAAAGAUAACAAGAAUGCUCUUCUUGAGUUCCUUAACGAAGAGUUGAAAGAUAAAAGGUACUUACUUGUACUUGAUGACGUUUGGAACGAAGAUCUCAAAAUAUGGGAUAAUUUAAUGGAAUGUUUGUCAAAGCUUAAUUCUACUGGGGGUUCCAAAAUUAUUGUUACUACUCGCAGUGGCAAAGUCGCAUCAAUCUUAAAAAAGCUACUUCUACAAUAUGAAUUGGGGGAACUUUCUGUGGAUGAAUGUUGGUCUAUCAUGAAAGAUAAAGCUUUCCCCAUUAACGGUGUUCCAGAGUUCAAUAGCAAUGCUUCGACGUUCGAGACAAUUGGAAAAGAAAUUGCUAAAAAUUGUGGUGGUGUUCCAUUAGUGGCAAAGGUUUUGGGAGGUAUUUUGCGCACUAAAAAAAGUAUUGAAGAAUGGUCGUCAUUUAAAAACAGUAGAAUAUGGAACAACCAUUCAAAAGAAGAAGAUAGAAUUAUGUCAAUUCUGAGGUUGAGUUUUGACAACUUAGAAUCACCAUCAUUGAAGCAAUGUUUUGCAUAUUGCUCAAUGUUCGAGAAAGAUGCUGAAAUUCAAAGAGACAACUUGAUUCAACUUUGGAUGGCUCAAGGAUUACUCCGUUCUUGGCCUAAUGGAAUUAAAGAUAUGGAGGACAUAGGCAAUGAAUAUUUUGAUAUUCUAUUGCAGAGCUCCUUAUUUCAAGAUGCUACAAUGAGUGACAAUGGCAUAGUUAGUGAAUGCAAGAUGCAUGAUCUUGUGCACGAUCUUGCAGAACAUCUAUUCAAAUCUGAAGGCUUGACAGGAGACUUAUGUGGCAUAGAUAAUACACUUGAGAUUCGACAUGUUGCUCGGGUUUCUACUUCUACACUGGAAAAAUUUCCAGAAAGAAGUGCUGGGAAAUUGCGGUCACUGUUUUCUGAUGAUGGUGAAGUUACUACUAACAUUCUUCCACGUUUCAAAGCUUUACGUGUCUUGAAUUUAAGUGAAGCUAAUAUUGAAGAACUUCCAGAUUCAAUUGGUAGGCUGAAACAUUUGAGGUAUCUUGACAUUUCCAAAACAAGAUUCAAAGCACUCCCCAAGUCUAUAGGCAAGCUCUAUAACCUCCAGACGUUAAGAGGAACACAAUGUGCCCUUAAAGAGUUUCCAAAAGAACUGCUAAACUUGAUCAACCUAAGGCAUAUUUAUUUUUAUGCGAGUACAAAAUUCCCACAGGGGAUAGGGCGGCUGACUUACCUUCGAACAUUAUGUUACUUUUCGGUGGGUAAUGAGAUUGGUCGUCGAAUCGAAGAGUUGGCUGGCUUGAAUCAAUUGAGAGGUGAAUUAAUCAUUUGUGAUUUGGAGCACGUAGAGAACGGAGAAGAAGCAGAGAAAGCUAAGUUAGAGGAAAAGACGAAAGUACGCCAUUUACACUUCAAUUGGACAAAAGAUAGGUCAACAACUGACAACAACGAGGAGGAAGGUGUCCUAGAAGGUCUCCGACCACAUCUUGAGUUGGAGAGCUUAAGUAUUGAAAACUUCAUGGGCAAUAAGUUUCCACCGUGGAUGAUGAGUGGGUCAUUACUAAACAACUUGAAAAAGAUUAAAUUACUUGGAUGCCACAAAUGUGAAGGAGUCCCACCAUUGAGUUUAUGGGCCUCUCUCCAGAAUUUGAGUAUAGAGAAUUGCAAUGGAUUAUCAGGCCCGUUGAGUUUAGGGGCCUCUCUCGUGGAAGUGAUUUUACGGAAUUGCAAUGGAUUAUCUGGCUCAUUGAGUUUAGGGGCCUCUCUUGUGGAAUUGACAAUAGAGGGUUGCAAUAAUCUGACAUCAAUUGAAAUGAAAGGCAGCGGGUCCCUCACCGCCUCUCUUCAGAAAUUGAGAAUCUGGUUUUGUAAUGAAUUAUCAAGCAUACCUGCUCUUCCACAACAAUGUCCCUCUCUUCAAAAAUUGAGUAUAUUGGGAUGCCCAAAGCUAUCAUGGUUUGGUGUCAAAAGUAGUAGAGUUGAGAAGGAGGAGAAGUGCAUUAGUCUACAAUCUACUUCAGAUUUGCGCACCAUGACCUCCCUUCGACGUAUGUGGAUUGAAAGAUGUGAAAGAUUAGAAAGUUGGGUGAGCAGCCUGCAAUUCCCACUCUCUCUUGAGUAUCUGAUAAUAGUCAAAAUCCCUAAUUUAGAGAUUCUUCCAAGUUUAGACCAUCUUAAUUCUCUCAGGUAUUUGGAAAUCGGUGGGUUCUGGGAGGAGCUCGAUUCCUUCCCUGAUUUUGAAGUUGGAUCAUUAAUGCAUCUCACAAGCUUACAGUUGAAUGGUUGGCCUAAGCUCAAGUCUCUGCCUCAACAAAUUCAACACCUCACUUCUCUAACAGAUUUGUGGAUAGUUAACUUUGAGGGAGUGGAGACUUUGCCAGAAUGGUUGGGUAGCCUUACAUCCCUUACAUAUCUGAGGAUUCAAGGUUGCAAGAAUCUGAUGAAUUUACCAAGUGUCCAAGCUAUGCAACGCCUCACCAAAUUACAAACUCUAAGGAUUUAUAAUUGUCAUCCCCUUCUAAAUGAAAGAUGCAGGAGGGACAGCGGCACAGAUUGGCCUAAGAUUUCUCACAUUCCAUAUUUCAGAAUUCGGGGCAGAGACUUGUGAGACAAGAGUUGGAUUGAAGCUAUGCAACGCCUUGCGAUACUACAACAAAUGUGUAUUGGGAAAACCAAAUAUCAUGGUGUGCAAGGCCACACUUCUCCGAGAUUACUUGUAUUCCAGUUUUAUGUACAAACGACUCCAAAUGGCUCAAACUUUCGCAUUGAAAUUAAGUCAUUGCCAUCUAUAUUUCUUUUGCUAUGCUUUGGCGGUUUUCAUGAUGCUCAAUAGCUAUAAACUGACUCCAGGGAUUUGAAUUUGGACAACUGUGGAUAUGGAGUUGCCCAAAGCUAGCGUCCUUUUGUGCCCAAAGUAGCAGAGUUGACAAGGAGGAGUGCAUUAGUGUACAAUCUACUUCAGAUUUGCGCACCAUGACCUCCCUUCGACAACUGAGUAUUGAAAAGUGGUAAAGAUAAGAAAGUUGGGUGAGCAGCCUGCAAUUCCCACUCUCUCUUGAGACUGUCAAUACAUGGCAUCUCUAAUUUAGAGAUUCUUCCAAGUUUAGACAGCCUCAAUUCUCUCCAUCAUUUGGAAAUCGGUGGGUUCUGGGAGGAGCUCGAUUCCUUCCCCUUCCCUAAUUUUCAAGUUGGAUCAUUAAUGCAUCUUACAAACUUAAUCUUGGUGGGUUGGCCUAAGCUCAAGUCUCUGCCGCAACAUAUUCAACACCUCACUUUUUUAACAUCUUUGAUAAUCUUGUCAAUUGAUGGAGUGGAGACUUUGCCAGAAUGGUUGGGUAGCCUUACAUCCCUUACAUGGCUGAAGAUUUCGUCUUGCAAGAAUCUGAUGAAUUUACCAAGUGUCCAUGCUAUGCAACGCCUCACCAAAUUACAAUCUCUCCAUAUUUCUGGAUGCCAUCCCCUUUUAGAGCAAAGAUGCACCAAGGACAGCGGCACAGAUUGGCCUAAGAUUUCUCACAUUCCAAAUAUCGACAUUGAGGUCUGAGACAAUACUUGGAUUGGAACUACGCAACUGGAACGAUGUAGUGCAGUUGGUGCAAACAGAGUCCAGAUAUUUAAAUUGUAUGCAGAGGGAUUUGGAUUGAGUUGACUUUUGUCUCUGUGAACUUGAUGAACAGAAUGGACCCAUACUAUUGCAGAAAUUAGGCAGAAUUGGAGUCCGAUCAAAACUCAUGCAUGUAUCAAUAUCAUUCUUCAACUUCAAUCAUGUUUCCUUAUCAUCAAACCUUAAUUUGGAUACUGGAUCAAUAUCCUUUGUUUGAUACUCGUCGCCAAAUCGAAAUGCAUCCUUAUGUGUUUGCACAGAGAUUUGAAUUCAGUUGAUUUUUUGUGUUGUGUGGAUCUUUAGAAGCUUGGGCUUCCUAGCGUCCUUUGUGCCCUGCAUUGCUGUGAAAGGAUAGUGCAAGAAGCAGCCAGCUGUUGAAUAAGGUAGAGUUUGAGAUUUGAAAUUGAAAAACUAUUGUACUAUCCUAAUUGUAACUCUCUUUCUCUCUUCACUUGCCACCUAAAAGACUCUCUCAUGCUCCUUUUGAGAUGUAACUUACAAUAUUAUAGUAAAAACGGGAGAAACUACUAAGCAUGGGUGUAGCCGAGCUCGCAUGUAUGGAAGGUUCGCAAGAUGUCAUAUGGACUUGGUGCUUUCUUUAAUGAAAGAAACUCUGGAUGCUUUAUUGGGGAUGAGCGUCUGUAAAAUCAGCUCCAGUAUCUAAGGUCCUUAUUGGGUACUUUGGGUCACCCGUCCUGUUACCAUUGUUUCAACACCACAGUAUUUUACAGAUUCUUCGGGCUGUGAAGUUGUGUUGUGGCCGAGGACAUCGGCAUAGGCCUUGCAGCAGACAGUUGAUGGAAUGAAGUGUAUCAUAACCAAAAGUGGGUAACUUACUUUCCUAUAUGAACGAAAGAAGAGUGCUUCCAUAUAUGUACACAGCUGAAGAAGACUUCCAUAAUGCAGAUUUAGUCUUUGACUUCAUUGGAGAUCUCCCGGAGGAGCGAAAUUUCAUUCAGUGCUGGUCCUCCAUCUACAAUACCUUUGGAUGGUGAUUAGGGUUUCAGCUAAGAUAAUAGACAAAUGAGUCUGCGUUCGAUAGUAAUCCUGCUGUAGAUAUUGCUGUUGAAGUAGUAUUUCGAUUGUAUACAAGUUUUUAUCGUUAU